CGGCGGGGCGGAGCGCAGCGCGGAGCGGCGGGCGGAGCGGGGCAGCGCGGAGCCUCCGCCGGCGCGGGGCAGCGCGGCACGGCGCGGGCACGGCGCGGGCACGGCGGGGCUCGGCACGGCACGGCCCGGCCCGCCUGCAUGCGGCGGCGGCGGCGGCGGGGCGGCCGGGCGGGAUGAACGGCUCGGCGGCGGGCGGCGGCACGGCGGCGGCGGGGCUGCUGGCGGGCACCGGGAGCGCGGCGCUGGAGCUGGAGCGGGCGCUGCGCUGCUGCACCGCCGCCUCCGUGGUGACCGACGGCGGGGCGGCGGCGGCGGCGGACGAGCGGAGCCUGUACAUCAUGCGGGUGGUGCAGAUCGCCGUCAUGUGCGUCCUGGCCCUCACCGUCGUCUUCGGCAUCUUCUUCCUUGGCUGCAACCUCCUCAUCAAGUCCGAGGGGAUGAUCAACUUUCUGGUUAAGGACCGGCGGCCGUCCAAGGAGGUGGAGGCGGUGGUGGUGGGGCCCUACUGACGGCCGGGCCCCCGCCGCCCCCCGCCCCGCCGCCGGGGGAAGCCGUCCGGCGCCCUCCGCCCCCGCGCUGCCUGCACGACGGCCGUCCCUCCUUCGGACAGACUGGGUGUCGGUUUGGUGCUUCGGGUUGGUGUUUUUUUUUAUUUUUUUUUUUUUCCCUCCGAACCCCGCGAUCCCGGAGGCCGGUGAGGCGUGCGGGGGUGCCCGGCGUGUGCAGCUCCCCGCCCCCGCCCCGGAGCCGCCGUCCCGACCCGCGGGGUGCCCGAAGUAAAACGUGCUCUAAUGGCA